CUACUAAAAUCACGCCACUCAUCUUCAUCAUUCCCUCUUUCCCUCUCUUCUCCCUUUCCUCCUUGUGUGCCGCCAGCUGCUGCCUCAAGAGGCUGCCCACGGAGCCCCAGCAGCCACCACCACUUCAUCCUCCUUCUCCCACGACCAAACACCAGCAGCCCAGCCACGCAGCAGCAGUGUGCCGCCAGCAACCGGCUGCAGGGCAGCCGUGUCUCCUCUCCACCACCUCACUAACCACUCUUCUCUUCACCCCUUUCUCUUGUUCACCUAAGUGCCCGGUUCAUAAGAGGGAUGUAAAACCUCGCUCUGUCUGAUUAUUGUGGCUCUUUUGGUCGUGCGGUGACGAUUACAGCAGGAGGAUCAUAGACAGGCGUGGCAGCAAUGGCUGCUCGAGAACCCGAGAUAAUUACAAGCAAAGAACAAAUGAGAAGAUGGUCAAGAGCUAUGAGAGCCCAAGGGAAGAUCAUAGGGCUAGUACCCACAAUGGGUUAUCUUCACAAAGGUCAUCUUUCCCUCAUUAAUGAAGCCCAUAAACUUGCCAAUGUUAUUGUAGUUUCCAUCUAUGUAAAUCCGAGUCAAUUCUCUACUUCUGAGGAUAUGUCUACCUACCCAUCUGAUUUAAAAGGUGAUUUACAGAAGUUAAUGUCUGUUGAUGGAGGCGUUGAUGUUGUUUUCAAUCCUUAUGACUUGUAUGAUUAUGGUAAAGCGAGGAACAGAGGAGGUAUACAGAAGAGGGAUAAUAAUGUAGGGGAGAUUUCUUGUUUAGAGGAAAGGGGAGGUGGGCAUGAAAGUUGGGUUAGGGUUGAGAAUUUGGAGAAGGGUUUGUGUGGGAAGAGUAGACCACUUUUUUUCAGAGGGGUGGCUACUAUUGUAAGUAAAUUGUUCAAUAUUGUGGAGCCUGAUGUGGCAAUAUUUGGAAAGAAGGAUUAUCAACAAUGGAGAAUCAUUUGUCGAAUGGUUCGAGAUCUAGACUUUGCUGUUCAAGUGAUCGGGUCGGAGAUUGUGCGUGAAGAUGAUGGUUUGGCGAUGAGUUCCCGUAAUGUAUACCUCACCCUUAAUGAAAGACAAAAGGCAUUGUCUAUUUACAAGUCUCUUUCAAAAGCUAAACAUGCUGCAGAAGACGGGCAAGUCAAUUGCAAAAGGCUAAAGGAAUCAGUUAUUCUGGCAAUAGAGGAAGCUGGUGGAAAAGUAGAUUAUGCUGAGAUAGUUGACCAAGAGACAUUAGAAGCAGUUGAAGAGAUUAAGAGCCCGGUUGUGAUCUGUGUUGCUGCCUGGUUUGGAAAAGCAAGGUUGAUUGACAAUAUAGAGAUUAAUGUCUAGACACCGUAUCUCGGUUUUCAGGUCUGGUGCUUGCAAAGCUUUAGAAUUUUGCUUUGGACAGUGUCAAAUUUCAAUUCUUUACAGGAAAUUCCUGAACAGUUUUCGUUUUGUUUUAUUUUUGAAGAAAUACAAAAAUUUAACAACAUUUUUCUUUUAAAUAAGGUGAAGUUCUAUUAUC